GUCAGUAGAGGAGCAUCAAGCACAGACUUGCACGCUGCUGGAAGGAUCUAUUACAUUGAAAAAAUUAGGAGAAGGCACAGUGUGACCAGACUGCUGCCUGAAAGGGAACAGAGCUGAGAGCACUGAGGACUGUGAGCAGAGCCUUCUGAAUCGCCAGAGCUCGAGAGGAAACCAAGAUGUGGAAGAGGUCAAAGGUGACCGAUCAAACUGCCGCUGGGCAGGCGGGCAUCAAGAAGAAGUCGAAAGUGCCCGGUGUCAUGAUAACACAGUUCAUAGAGGAGCUUCCAGAGGGAAUGUCCCAUCCAGAUUUCACCCGCAAACCCAUUGCUCUGACCAUUCAAGAGGGUAAAUUUGCAGUCUUUAAAGCGAAAGUAGUGGGCACCCCAACACCUACAGUAACAUGGAGCAGAGCAAACGGAGAAAUACAUUUUCACCCUGACAUGUGCCAGCAGAAGUACGAUGAGGCUUCUCAAGAACAUACCAUCGAGUUUCCAAAAGUCACCCCAGAGGAUGCUGACACCUACAAGUGUUUUGCAGCAAAUCAGUAUGGAAGAGCUGUUUGCACUGUUGUCUUGAACGUUAUUGCGGUUGGAUUCUCCAAGAGCAAAGAACUCAAAAAGACACAAGGAGAAGAUGUAACAGAGUUGAGGAAAAAACUUAAAAAACGUAAUGCCGAUGGAACACGCGAGGAAAAACCAAUGGAUGCAGAGGAGAAGGUCUGGGAAAUUCUCCUUAGUGCAGAUAAGAAAGACUACGAGCAAAUCUGUGUGGAGUACGGUAUCACAGACUUUCGCGGCAUGCUGAAGAAACUCAAUGAAAUGAAGAAAGAGAGAGAGGAGGAGAUUGCAGAGUUUGUUACACAAAUCAGUGCACUGAAACACAUUGAGGUCAAUGAUAGCGACUGCGCAACAAUUGAGUUGGACAUGGACCUCAAGGAUCCUAGCAGCAAAGUUUUCCUUUAUAAGGAUGGCGUCAUGGUUCCAUUCACCGAAGAAGACGGUGAGGAGAAGAAGCAUAGUUUGAAACAAGUCGGCAAGAAAUACGUCUUCACAAUUAAAAAACUGGGUUCAAAUGAUGCUGGACUCUACUCAGUGGAUGUUGAGGGCGUCAACGUUUUCUCCACAGAUUUUAAAGUACCUCAAGUUGACUUUGCUGUUAAACUACAAGAGGUGAAGGCAGAAGAAAGACAGGACGCCCUCUUUCAAUGUGUCCUGACGGCACCUAUGAGUGAGAUAAAAUGGUUUGGCAAAAGCGCUCCGCUGUCAAAUGGUGAGAAACAUGAAAUUACUGUAUCUGAAGAUAAGCUCAUCCACAAGUUGAUUGUGCGGGACUGUAUGCCUUUGGACGCCGGUAUCUACGCUGCUGUGGCAGGAAUCAAAUCCUGCAAUGCCUGGCUUGUAGUUGAAGACCCAGGAGUUCACUUUCAUGCUGGGCUUUCUGACUGCAAAGCCAUAGUUGGAGAAGCAGCAGAGCUGGAAUGUAAACUGAGCAGUGAAGACUGUCAGGGAAUCUGGUACAAAGAUGGAAAUGAGAUUCAAUCAUCUGAGGGUAUAACCAUUUCAAAGGAAGGAAGUUUCCAUAAGUUGAAAAUUCAUAAAGUCACAGAGGAAUUUGCUGGAACAUAUAAAUUUGAAGCAGAUGGGCGGAAGACAGAGGCUUUGAUUGUUGUUGAAGAUCCACCGAGAUUUGAUACCGAGGAACUGGAGGCAUUUAAAACCCCUGUGACAGUGAAAAAAGGGCACAAAGCUGUCUUCAAAGUACCUUUUAUUGGACGAGACCCUAUAAAAGUUCAGUGGUACCUUGACGGUGAAGAGCUCACAGAAGAAGCAAAUGUCAAGUUAGACACCUCAGAAGGCUGCAGCCGUCUGCUUUUAACCAAGCUGCAGCGCAAGGACAGUGGUGAAAUCAAGAUAAAACUCAAAAAUGAGUUUGGCACUGUUGAAGCCUUCAGCCAGCUGGUUGUACUGGAUAAACCCACUCCUCCAAUGGGACCUCUGGAGAUUGUUGAAGCCUCCUCCUCUGUAAUUGAAUUUAAGUGGAGGCCCCCAAAAGACAGCGGUGGUUGUAAGAUAAACAACUAUAUCCUUGAACGACAACAAGUUGGCCGAAACACAUGGAAGAAGGUGGGGCCAAUUGGUCCAGAGGCCCAAUACAGGGACUCUGAUGUUGACCACGGCAGGAGGUACUGCUAUCGCAUGAGAGUGGAGACCGAAAUGGGCACCAGUGAGCUGAUGGAAACAGAGGACAUUCAAGCUGGUACAAAAGCGUACCCAGGACCUCCAUCAGCACCAAAGGUUGUCAGUGCCUUCAAGGACUGCAUCAACCUCUCCUGGUCCCCUCCAGCUGACACUGGAGGAACCAGUAUUCUGGGAUACAACCUUGAGAAACGCAAGAAGGGAAGCAACCUGUGGGGUCCUGUCAACCCACCUGAAGAGAUGAUCAGAGCUAAGGGAUUUGGAGUUAAAGAUGUGGUUGAGGGCAUGGAGUACGAAUUCCGUGUCUCAGCAAUCAAUAACUCAGGAGCGGGUGAAUUCAGUAUGCCAUCUGAGUUCGUGUUUGCCAGGGAUCCGAAAAAGCCUCCUGGUAAAGUCAUAGACUUUAAAGUGACAGAUUCCACCUACACAACUCUGUCCCUGUCUUGGACCAAACCCAAGGACAUUGAGGGGGUUGAGGAUGAAGCUAAAGGAUAUUUUGUGGAGAUCAGGCCUGCAGAAAACACAGAAUGGGAUCGCUGCAAUUCAAACGCAAUAACCAUGACUACCUAUACAGUGAAAGGCUUGAAGUCAAUGGCCAUGUACUGGGUGAGAGUCAUAGCCACUAAUGAUGGAGGAGAGGGAGAGUCACAGGAGCUGGAUAAUUACAUCCUCGCUAUGCCCCCUCCUGUGAGACCACGAUUCACGGAUGCCAAAAUCAAGAGUUUCAUGGUGGUGAGAGCAGGAAAUUCUGCACGAUUCAACAUUAACUUUGAGGCCUCUCCUUGGCCUGACAUCAUCUGGCAGAAAGAUGGAGGGCCAGUGUCUAAAAAGGUGACCAUCAGCAACACAGAGGGCACCUCCCAGCUUCUGAUUCCUUCCUCUGAGCGCUCAGAUACUGGAAUCUAUAGCAUCAUUGUCAAGAACAUUGUCGGCCAAGAAACAUUCAGCAUAGAAAUUAGAGUCACAGAUGAGCCCAAGCCACCUGGUCCUGUGGAGAUUGAUGAAAACGUGCCUGGCACAGUGACCGUUUCAUGGACCCCAUCUCCAGAUGAGAAACGUGACGACAGGCUGCACUACAUGGUGACUAAGCGUGACUCAAAUAAAAGACAAUGGCACACUGUUGCAGAUCACAUCUUCAACAACAGAUUCACAGCCUGCAACAUAAUGCCGGGCAGAGAAUACCAGUUCAGAGUCUAUGCAAAGAAUGACAUGGGCUCCUCCAAACCCUGCGAAUCAACAAAGUGGAUGAUUUCUAGCAAAAAAGAAAAGUUUGUUUUGAACAUGCCGGAAACAAAGGCCUGUAAUCUUCAGUGUCCUCCCAAGUUCCUUGUCCCACUAAAAAUGCACACUGCUCCUCAAGGGUAUGAAUGCUACAUGAGCUGUGCUAUAAAAGGGGACCCAACACCUCAUGUGACAUGGCUCCGCAAUAACAUCAGUCUGAAUACCAACACUAACUACUUCAUCUCCAACACCUGUGGAGUCUGUUCUCUGCUCAUACUGAGGGUUGGACCCAAAGACACCGGGGAAUACAAGGUCACUGCAGAAAACUCUCUGGGGAGGGCCGAGUGCUCCACUAAACUGACAGUCAGAGAAUAAAGGAACACACUGAAGAUGGUAGAAUUGCUCUAAAACCCUAACAGAAACCAAGUUACUGGUAGUUUAGACACUGUAUCUUUAGAGUUAAGCAAACCCUGUGAAAUGCAGAAUGUUUUUGCUUUUAGGUUGUUAACUAUUUGAUACAAAUUCUACAAAGGCUGGCAUCCAUUCAAAGCAAUAAGGUCUUUAGCUAUAAAAUGGCACAGACAUGUUUUGUUUGUUAAAUUGCGCAAGCUCAAUAAAAUAGAAUCUUGAAAUACUCAUGUGCAAUCUCGCAUAUUUUGACUGUAGGAAUAUGCAUGUUUAAGAGCAAAAAUAUUUACACUACAUGGCACUGUGUAGCAGUGAUUUAUUGAUUGUGAAAGUGCUAUUUUGAGGUGUUUGUCUAAAGCGUAUGGAACUAUCUGCUUGUGCCUUUCAGUUAAUAUUUAGAUGCAGGUUUCUGUUCAAGUGACUGUGAAUGUUUGGUUGCAACUUUUCGGUAAUUUCGGUGGAUUUGAAAUCUCUCUCAAUUGAAACUGAGUUGACAUAAAAAUGCUUAAAUGAAAAGUAAUGAAAAAUUUAUA